UGGAAACAGAUAAAAGCAUGGCCGAUUACACGACAGUUUACAAUUACCAGCCAUACAAGAAGGUAAUGAUUAAAUAUCUAACGAUAUCUCAUCGACAUUAUAUGACAUUUUAGUGAUGUGAAAGAACAUGCGAGACCACUCGUGUUCAAUGCCGGACACGUGUACGGCCGUGCGGUUAGCGUGAUAGAUCUCAAGAUAUUAAUUUCAAAGGUUAUCUUUGCUAGUCGAAACAAGAAUUGGACGAAUGUGGAAGAAGAUGAAUCGGUAUAUAACCUUGAACCAACUUGGUGACGGUACCUUUGGUUCCGUUGUGCUCGGCGAACGUAUUGACACUGGAGAAAAGGUCGCCAUAAAAAGAAUGAAAAGGAAAUACUAUUCUUGGGAAGAAGCCAUGAAUCUUAGGGAGGUCAAGUCCUUGAAGAAACUUAGCCACGCGAACGUUGUGAAGUUGAAGGAAGUUAUUCGAGAAAAUGACGUAUUAUACUUUGUCUUCGAAUAUAUGAAGGAGAACUUGUAUCAAUUAAUGAAGGAUAGGGACAAACUUUUUCCAGAACCGGUGAUCAGAAACAUGGUAUAUCAAGUUUUACAAGGACUCGCCUUUAUGCAUAAACACGGUUUUUUCCAUCGUGACAUGAAGCCAGAAAAUUUAUUAUGCAUGGGGCCGGAACUGGUAAAGAUAGCUGACUUUGGAUUAGCCCGGGAAAUACGGUCAAGGCCACCCUAUACCGACUAUGUGUCGACCAGAUGGUACAGAGCACCAGAAGUGUUGUUGCAUUCGACGAAUUAUAAUAGUCCAAUUGACAUUUGGGCUGUUGGAUGUAUCAUGGCUGAACUUUACACAUUUAGACCUUUAUUUCCUGGCAAAAGUGAGAUAGACGAGAUAUUUAAAAUAUGUUCGGUCAUUGGAACACCGGAGAAGGACGACUGGCCUGAAGGUUAUCAAUUAGCAUCAGCAAUGAAUUUCAAAUUUCCAAAUUUCACGAAAACGUCAUUAGCUGUAUUGAUACCCAAUGCUAGUCAAGAAGCUGUGAUACUGAUGGAAGAUAUGUUACAAUGGAAUCCUUUGAAAAGGCCAACGGCACAACAAUCAUUGAGGUAUCCGUAUUAUCAAAUUGGAAUUCAACGUGUAGUUAGCAGUAAAAAAAUUGGAGUAUCAUCGCAGAGAGAAUUGAUAAUGAACAAAGUCAAUCUUCCACCGCCGAUUCCAAAACAAUCAAAUUAUCAUCAGCAUGAAGAGAAUAUCAUGAAUAACGUAAUACAAUCUAGAGUACAAGAGAAGAUUGUACAACCACAGCAACAACCGGUAUUACCAUUAUUGAAUCAUAAUAAUCGUAAACGUGAAAACAACUCGUCCAAAUGGGACGAAGAUGAUUUCGCUGAUAUCUUAGGAAGCAAGAUAAUCCCAGAGAGCAUCGAAACAAAGCUACUGCCUGAUCGUGUUUACAAAGAAAAUCGUGCCAAUUGGAAUGCCAAUUAUACCGAUGGUGAGAAUUUCAAGCAGACUAAUGCAAAUUGGUCAUUGCCGGUUUGGAACGAGACGAUGCAAUUAAAGAAUUGGAAUCAACAAUCUCAAUCGGCUACGAAGAACGCUAGGAAGGUUUCAGCUAAACAACAUUAUCUCAGCGUGGCUCGAUUUUGUAAAUUAUCUCGAUAUUACGUGGUUGGGAAUUUAUUUGGUUUUAUUUCUUACUGGGACGUGUUGUUUCGGUUUAUUUCUUUUUAAUUAUUAUAAAUUGAAGAAAAGAAAUUAGGAGAGAUUGAAAGAAAAAAAGAGAAAGAAAAAGAGAGAAUUGGUGAACUAUUAAUGCCAAUAAUUACAUAUGUGCAUUAAUAAUUAUGAAAAUUAUUCAAACUUAAUAGAUAGAAAAAAAUUAGUUAAUUAUCUUUUCUCAUAUAUAUGUGUUUAUAUAUAUAUGUAUAUAUAUAUGUGUAUAUAUAUAUAUAUAUAUAUAUAUAUAUAUAUAUAUGUAUAUAUAUAUGUAUGUAUGUAUAUAAUUUUGAAUAUCUAAAGAUCAAAUAAGAGACAUUAAUCAAUAAAAAAAUAAUUAUCAGCACAUAUAUGUAAUAAUAAAUAUAAAAAAGAGACCGAAUUGAAUGUCAUUGAAAAAAAUUUCGUUAUUUUUUUUUUUAUUUUUUUGUAAACUAACAUCUUAUUAAUUAAAUUCAUAUUACUUACAAUUUCCAUUAUUCCUGAACUGUACACCGUCCUCCCAUGUAAACAUAAAAUUCCUUGAAUAAAACUAUUCCUUAACCAUAAUCCUUUUGUUCAAUUGUCCGACGAUUUACUGUUGUUUAUAUCUAUAUAUAUUUAUUUUAACUUUUGUUUAUUUUGUUUAUUAUUUUUCUUUUUCUUUUUCUUUUUCUUUUUUUUCUUUUUUUCUUUUUUGUAUUUAUUUCAUUCAAGAAACGGAGACACCGACUCGAAUCAAUCAAGAUUGACGAUGAACGGCAUGAUCGGUCCAUUUAGUUCAGCAAAAUAUGAAGAAUACAAUGACAACUUUUGGGGACCCAGAGAGAACGUUGAAAAUCAAACAAGGCAACAU